GUUUAAAACAUUUUUUUGAUCCUAGUAGGCUUUCUUUUGGCAGAUUUCAUUUUGGCAAGUCACAGACUUUCUUUUUGGCCCCGUACUUCGAUUUAAAAUCAUGGUGUAUCUGGUGAGGAACAAGGACGAUCUCGACCAGCAGCUGGCCCGUGCCGAGGACAAGCUGGUGGUGAUUGACUUCUAUGCCAACUGGUGUGGACCGUGCAAGAUUAUUGCCCCCAGGUUGGAGGAACUGGCGCAGCAAUACUCAGAUCGUGCGGUGGUGCUUAAGGUGAAUGUGGAUGAAAACGAGGAAAUUACAGUGGACUAUAAUGUGACCAGCAUGCCCACGUUUGUGUUCAUUAAAUGCGGCGAAGUACUGGAGCUUUUCGUCGGCGGGAACUCGGACAAACUGGCCAAAUCCAUGGAGAAAUAUGUUCUGGAUGUGGAUUCCACCGAGCAGCGCCGCUCGUCCAGCCAUCUGGGAUCCGAGGAUGUGUGCAGCGCUGGGCCAAGUGCCUCCUCCAGUGGCAGUGUCAACGAUGUGGUCAUCUGCGAGCUCUCCGAGCACGAUCAGGAGGCAGUGGAGGCUAUGAUGGAGCAGUAAUUUCCGCAUUUAUAAUACCCAAGUGCCACUUUUUUGGACAUCUUGAAACUCCACCAAAAUGCAAAUCUUUCCAAAUGUUUUAGCAUUGAGCUCCACAAUACUUUAGAUGCCACGAUAUUAAUCCUAGAAAUCAAUAACGCGAUCCUAAUUUCAAAACACUUAAUGAAGAUCUUUAUUACUUUCAAGAUUCAAGCCGCUAUUCUUGUAAUCUUAUAAUUAAGAUACUUUACACACAAACGAUAUACCACAAGACGCUGGACAACACAACAUUGAAGUCUAACUACUCUAUAUACCCAACCAGGAAAAGAUGUAUACACAAAUAAUCUGGAAGUCGAAAUACUCUAUAUGCUAUCUCAAUCACGAAACGCUGGAUACUAAAACAACUUCGAAGUCGAAAUAUUCUGUACAAUAUCUCAACCAUUAAAUGGAAAUAUGUACAAUCGACUGCUGCUAAAUAACACAUCAUUUGCUGGUUUCUUGUUAACACUAUUUUGUUGCCAAAAACUGAAACAACUACUAUUUAUUUAUUAAUUAAAAUAUCAUAUCUAUAACCGAUAAA